UUUAACUCGUGCAGGUUGUGAAAAUAUACGAAAGAAAAUGCAUAAUUCUACACGGCAGACGAAACCCUAGCCAAUGGACAGACGAUAGGAAUAGCAACAUCAAAAUGCCUAAAUCACAGCCAUUUUCAUGGUCUCGUCUCCUACUCAGGCAAACCCUCAAGAACCCCACUAAAUCCCCACUUCACUUCUCCCCAAGAAGAUAUAUUUACACUCUCCAUCUUCCCACCGUCCAAACACCGAAACCAUGGCCUACGGGCAGAAUCUCGUGCUCCUUCUCAUACUCUACGGUAUCAUCCAGAGCAAUCCAGGACCUUCUGGCCGAGGUAGAAAAGGAAAGACAUAGGGACAGAGAGCAAAGGAAGAGGGCUGGUCUUGAUACCAAAGACAUUGACCAAGAAGAUGAGGAAGACUACAUGGGUGUGAUGCCAUUGAUAGAGAAACUUGAGAAAGAGAAGCUCAAGAACACAGGAGACUUGAACAUGUACGAAGAGCCCACCGACUCCGAUAGCGACCAGGACGACGAGAGAUUCACUCGAGACGCAGUCCAGAAGAGGUUCGAUGAGUUUCAGAGGAAGGCUAAGCGACACCAGGAGUUGCUCAACAACUUCGUGGAGUCUGAGACACUUGAUGAUACUUUUAAAUGGAUGAAUAAGAUUGACAAGUUUGAGCAAAAACAUUUUUAUCUUCGCCCUGAAUAUAGGGUCAUUGGUGAAUUGAUAAACCGUGUUAAAGUAGCAGAAGGCAAGGAUAAAUUCAUUCUUCAGCAGAAACUAAAUAGGGCCAUGAGAUUGGUGGAAUGGAAGGAAGCUUAUGAUCCAAACAGUCCUGCCAAUUAUGGAGUUAUUCAGCAUGAACAAGUUGGACCCUCUGUUGAUCUCUUGGAACAUGCCGGAUUUGAAAAGGAGAAGGCCAUUAUACAAGGGGUUGAUGAUGAUGAUGAGGAAGAGUUUGAUGACAUGAAGGAAAAAGACGACAUACUGUUAGAGAAGCUAAAUGCUAUUGACAAGAAACUUGAAGAGAAGCUAGCAGAGCUGGAUCAUACAUUUGGGAAAAAGGGUAAGGUUCUAGAGGAAGAAAUCAGAGAUCUUGCAGAGGAAAGAAAUUCUUUGACGGAGAAGAAGAGAAGGCCUCUCUAUAGAAAGGGUUUUGAUGUGAAAUUGAUUGACGUAAACCGAACUUGCAAAGUUACGAAGGGGGGACAAGUGGUUAAAUAUACUGCUAUACUUGCAUGUGGAAAUUAUCAUGGGGUAGUUGGUUAUGCAAAGGCCAAAGGCCCAGCAGUUCCUAUAGCUCUUCAGAAGGCAUAUGAAAAGUGCUUUCAAAAUCUCCACUAUGUGGAGAGACAUGAGGAACAUACAAUUGCACACGCAAUACAAACAGCAUAUAAAAAGACCAAGGUUUAUCUCUGGCCUGCGUCCACUACAACGGGCAUGAAAGCAGGAAGAACUGUCCAAACCAUAUUAAAUUUAGCUGGUUUCAAGAAUGUUAAGUCGAAGGUUGUUGGCUCAAGGAAUCCUCAUAACACAGUUAAGGCUGUUUUCAAAGCCCUUAAUGAGAUUGAAACUCCAAAGGAUGUUCAAGAAAAAUUUGGUCGGACUGUUGUUGAGAAGUACCUGCUUUGAAGGAGACGUUUGUGAGGGCCAAUUUUUGCGAUUGACCAUGGUCAUCUGUCUUUGUUGGGAUUCUAAAGGAGGUUUAAAUUCUCUUAAUCAUGAAAAUGUGAACAAUAUUUUAGGGAUGGAGGCAGUGUUUUUCCUUUUGGCAGUAAACAUUGAAAAAUCCAAUUCAUUUUAAUAAAAAAAAAAAAAAAGUUGCAUAAAACUACUCAAAUGCUUGUUGCUUAUAAGCACUAUAGAGGGCUCAUCAUGCAUACCGGCUUUGGUAUUCUUUUAGAUUGUCAAAUUUCGUGCAACUUCAGUUCAAUUGCAAUAGGAAUGAGGUAAAUACAGUUUGAUGGAUACAUUAAAGGGUUUUAUCUUCCCAAGGGUAAGACAAAAUUAAAAGGAAGGAGAAGGACCAUUGAUUAGUCAAAUUUAUAACCACUAGAAGGAAAAGGAAGGCGUAGAAAGCAUGGAAGAAAGAGUCGGAUGGAUGAUCCGGAGACUAGCCGUAUUCUUUCGCGUGUUUUUAUUUUUUCGGACAACAGAGACAAACCGUCCUUGAAGUUGUUUCUUUCUUUAUACAUACCGUCGGAUUUUGUCCCAUAUUUAAUCGUUGGGCUGAGAUUCGUUUGGAAUAUUAUAAUAUGAUUAUUCUAUA